CUCGCAAUGAAACCGAGAAGUCAAUAUUGCUACUUGAGGUAUAAGGAAUGACAGCUCCUUUCUGGAAACGUUUUCUCUUAAAGACAGGUUUUGCCAUAAAUAUUGGGUGUUUUGUACACUGUGUCACCGAAUAUGUUGCAGAAUUCACAAUGUGUGUUGGGCCUUCAAUGGAACCUACUUUGAACACAUCUUCAAAUGGAGAUGUUGUUGUCACAGAACAUGUAACAACAAGAUAUAGAUAUCUAAAAAGUGAUUUUUUCAGGGGAGACAUUGUCAUUGCAAAAUGUCCAUCAAAUCCAAAUACAAUGAUAUGUAAAAGAAUUGCUGCUAUGGGAGGUGACAUGGUUGAGAAGCCAAAUGGAUUGAAUUCAGGAUCUGAAGACAGUCACAUUAAGAUACCCAAAGGUCAUCUAUGGUUACUUGGUGACAAUUCAGGGAAUUCUACAGAUUCAAGAAUAUAUGGCCCAGUUCCAUAUGGUCUUGUCAGGGGACGCGUUUGCUUCAAGGUGUGGCCAUUGAGUGAAUUUGGUCGAAUGUAAACCUUGUGCAAGUGGCCUAGACGAGAGUGAAGAAGGAAACCUGUCUCGUAUUUCUCAAUAAUUGUGAACUCUAUACAGAAUCUCUCAAUACAUUUAAUUGUACCUUUAAUCACUGAGAGCUCCAAGCAAACAAAUAGCGGCAUAAUAUUUUUGUGGUGUUGUUGAUAAAGCAUUUUAGAGUUAAUAUGCUUUUCAUGUAUAUAAAGAUGAAUUAGGUGUAGACAUUCUGAAGUCCUGUGACAGU